UGGGCACUGGUGGGUGGCACUGGUAGGCACAGAUGGGUGGCACUGUUGGGCACAGGUGGGUGGCACUGCUGGGCACAGGUGGGUGGCACUGCUGGGCACUUGUGGGCAGCACUGCUAGGCACAGGUGGGUGGCACCGCUGGGCACUUGUGGGUGGAAAUGAUGGGCACAGAUGGGCGGAACUGGUGUGGGUGGCACUGCUGGGCACCGAUCAUCAGGGCACUGAUCAUCAGUGCCCUGAUGAUCGGUGCCGAUCCCUGCUCUGACAACUGCCGGUUCUCGGCAGUACUUUCCUCACGAUCUGACAGCGUAAGGAAAGUGCAGCCGGGAACCAGCAUUUGCAU